UUUAUAUUCAAUACCCACAAAUCCAAACCUCAAUUAACCCAAUUCUCCUUCAAAACCCUCCUGCAAUAUACAUACAUAUACAUAUACAUACACAUAUACAUAUAUAUACAGAGAGUGAGAACUGGGUUGUGUUUAGAGGUUUCUGAAGAUGGGUUAUCUGUUAAUCGAAAUGGGUGUGUGUUUAUCGAUGUUGUUGAUGAUGAUAUGUGUGGAUUCACAGUCAAAUGAGAGAUCGUUGUGGAUUGAUGGAGAACACAAGAUUGCAGAAACUGAUAGUGAUUUCAUCUGUGCAACCAUGGAUUGGUGGCCCCCUGAGAAGUGCGAUUAUGGUGUCUGCAGUUGGGACCAUUCUUCUCUUCUCAAUGUGGAUCUUAACAACAAGAUCUUCAAGAAUGCCAUUAAAGCUUUUUCUCCAUUAAAGAUCAGAUUAGGAGGCACUUUGCAAGAUGAUGUUAUCUACCAAACCCAAAAUCAUCAAGAACCCUGCAACCCCUUCAUCAAGAACACCUCUGAAUUAUUUGGUUUCACCAAAGGUUGCUUGCCAUCAUCCAGAUGGGAUGAACUCAACACAUUCUUUCAAGAAACUGGGGCUGUGGUUACGUUCGGACUGAACGUUCUCAUGGGAAAGACGGUGCUAGCGAAUGGUUCCACUGUCGGAGCUUGGGACUCUACGAAUGCCCAAACUUUAAUGCGUUACACAGUUCAAAAGAACUACACCAUCUACGGUUGGGAACUUGGUAACGAGUUAAGUGGAAACGGAAUUGGUGCAAGUGUAUCUGCAUCUCAGUAUGCAAUCGACACAAUGAACCUCCAGACCGUGGUGCACCGCGUUUACAAGGAUAUCGAAGCUAAGCCUCUGAUCAUCGCACCUGGAGGGUUCUUCAAUCCAAGCUGGUUCAAGGAGUUCCUAGCCAAAACACCCGAGACCCUGAACGUAAUCUCUCACCACAUCUACAAUCUUGGCGCAGGGGUCGAUCAAAACCUAACCGAAAAGAUUCUCGAUCCAUCUUAUCUUGAUGGGGUGGCUGACACUUUCAAGAAACUUGAACUCACCAUCAACACUUCUGCAAGUUAUGCAUCUGCUUGGGUUAGUGAGGGUGGUGGAGCUUACAACAGUGGCCAAAAUCUUGUCACUAAUGCAUUUGUUUUCAGUUUCUGGUACUUGGAUCAGCUGGGGAUUUCAUCUGUUUACGACACGAAAACAUACUGCAGACAGACUUUGAUAGGUGGAAACUACGGAUUGCUUAAUACCUCUACCUUUAAGCCGAAUCCAGACUACUACAGCGCGCUUCUUUGGCACCGAUUAAUGGGGAAAAAGGUUCUAUCUACACGAUUUCUCGGCCCCAAGAAGAUACGUGCUUAUUCACAUUGCGCCAAAGAAUCCAAGGGAAUAACGGUAUUGCUGAUGAAUCUCGACAACAGUACCAGUUUUGAUGUAAAAUUAUCGGUUAAUAGUACCUGGAGACUACACAAACACAGGUCUCAUACUCAUCGUCAUCAUCAUCAUCAUCGUCAUCAUACAACAAAGCAUGCUCAUGAAACAAAAACCGGUGGAAAAAGAAUACGAAUACGAACACGACAAGAAUACCAUUUGACCGCAAAAGAUGGAAAUUUGCAUAGUCAAGUGAUGAUGCUGAACGGAAAAGAAUUAACGAUAAAUGAAUCUGGUGACAUACCUUCGUUGGAGCCUUUGUAUACGAAUUCUUCGGAGCCAAUAACCGUUGCUCCUUAUUCCAUCGUAUUUGCACAUAUCCCGCAUUUUACUCUGCGUGCUUGCAAACGUUAGGGGAAAAGAAUACACGAAGCCGAUAAUCGGUGCCAAUUUGGUUACAGAAUAUUAAUCAUAAACAUGUAACAACACAC